UUUUGAUGAUACACAUAACAUUCAGUAGCACUGAAGUUGUCGAUCUUCGUCAUGUGUUUAUCAAAGUGGUACUUGCUCGCCAGUGUUUACAGUUUGAAUGUUUGUUGUUGCCUGGUUAGAGGUCAGAUAUCUUUGAGACGCUUCUAGCUGCUUCUGAAUCAUGAGUGGCUCUAAGCCAGACAUCUUUUGGUCUCCUCACCAUCCUGAUCGCUAUGUCAUCUGUGACUCUGAGCUAGGCCUUUACCGAAUUGGACCUGUAGGAAGUGCAGAAGCCAAGGCUGGUACACUCCCUCUCUCUGAAGAAACUGCUGCUACUUUACUCGCCAUUAACUCUGACACCCCUUACAUGAAAUGUGUGGCCUGGUACCCAAAGCAUGAGCCUGAGUGUUUGCUUGCUGUGGGUCAAGCUAACGGCAGAGUCGUCCUCACUAGCUUGGGCCAGAGCCACAACUCCACAUGUAAAGAGCUUGUGGGAAAAGAGUUUGUGCCCAAACAUGCUCGUCAAUGCAACACUUUAGCAUGGAACCCUGUGGACAGCAAUCUUUUGGCUGCUGGGUUGGACAAACACAGAGCAGAUUUUUCUGUCCUCAUAUGGGAUAUUAGCAGUAAGUUCUCCCCUGAGGCAAGUGUAGCAGCUGAAAAGAUUCGCCUUUCAUCUGUAGAUUUGGACUCGGGCACAGUAGUUACCAAACCGUUGUACGAGUUGGGACAGAAUGAUGCCUGUCUUUCCCUCUGCUGGCUACUUCGUGACCCAAAGCUGCUCCUGGCCGGCAUGCAUCGAAACCUUGCCAUCUUUGACCUGAGAAACACAAGCCAGAAAACAUUUGUCAACACCAAGGCUAUCCAGGGGGUGACAGUCGACCCACAUUUUCCUGACAGAGUCGCCUCUUUUUUUGAAGGACAGGUGGCCAUUUGGGACCUGAGGAAAUUUGAGAAGCCUGUGCUUACUUUGACCGAGCAACCCAAACCACUCACUAAGGUGGCUUGGUGUCCAACUCGUACUGGUCUGCUGGCCACUCUUACACGUGACAGCAACAUCAUCCGCCUGUACGAUAUGCAACACACACCAACCCCAAUUGGUGAUGAGACAGAGCCCACCAUCAUUGAGCGGUGUGUCCAGCCCUGUGACAGCCAGAUCGGCAGCUUUGCUUGGCACCCGUCUUCUCAGAACCGCAUGGUGGUGGUGUCAGCAGCCAACAGGGUUAUGACAGACUUCACAGUAUUUGAACGUAUCUCAUUGGCCUGGAGCUCCACCACGUCACUCAUGUGGGCGUGUGGCAGACACCUUUAUGACUGUGUGGAGGACGGGGCUGAUGGACUGAAGAGCACAAUAGAGAAAGACAUUGCCACGAAGAUGAGGCAGAGAGCGCAGUCCAGAUAUGGACAUGAUACCGUCCAGUUGUGGAAGAACCACCUGCUGGCUGGAGGAAAUGAUCCCCAGCUCAAGUCUCUGUGGUAUGAUCUAUCCUAUAUGAAGCAGUGUGCAGAGGAUAUGGAGCUGAAACUGCAGGGGAACAAGCAGUCUGUAGUCUACUCUGGUAUCAAGAACAUUGUAAAAACCAGCUCAGGUGCAUCUGAGAGUCGCAGGUGCUGGAGUGGCUCCGACCGUCAGACAGACGUACCACGAUACCACAGUGACGAGCGCAGCCUGGCCCUGCGGCUCUGUGGCUGGAUCAGCCGGGGCUCCGAUGUGGACGUGGAGCCCUUCCUCCGAUCUCUGGAGCAGGAGAGGGAGUGGGAGCGAGCAGCUGCCGUGGCUCUUUUCAACCUGGACAUCAGACGAGCCAUUCAGAUCCUCAACAAAGGAGCCACUGCUGAGAAAGGUGACCUAAACUUGAACGUUGUUGCCAUGGCGCUGUCGGGCUACACCGAUGAGAAGUCGUCUCUGUGGAGGGAGAUGUGCAGCUCCCUGAGGCUGCAGCUCAAGAACCCCUACCUCUGUGUUAUGUUUGCCUUUCUCACCAGUGAACCUGGAGCCUAUGACGGCGUGCUGAAUGAGAGCAGUGUGGCUGUGAGGGACCGAGUAGCCUUUGCCUGUAUGUUUCUCAGUGAUGCACAGUUGCCUCGAUACAUUGACAAACUCACCAAUGAGAUGAAGGAGGCGGGUAACCUGGAGGGCAUCCUCCUGACGGGGUUGACCAAAGAUGGAGUAGACCUGAUGGAGAGCUAUGUCGACCGCACUGGAGAUGUGCAAACUGCUAGCUUCUGUAUGCUUAAGGGUUCCCCAGGUGAGGUUCUGAAGGACCCUCGUGUCCAGUGCUGGAUCGACAACUACCGUAACCUGCUGGAUGCAUGGAGAUUCUGGCACAAACGGGCCGAGUUUGACAUCCACAGGGGAAAACUGGACCCAAGCUCCAAACCACUGGCACAGGUGUUUGUGAGCUGCAACUUCUGCGGGAAAUCCAUCUCUUACAGCUGCUCGGCAAUGCCUCACCAGGGACGCGGUUUCAGCCAGUACGGGGUCAGUGGAUCUCCCACCAAGUCCAAAGUGACCAGUUGCCCUGGCUGCAGGAAACCACUACCACGAUGUGCCCUCUGCCUUAUGAACAUGGGCACACCGGUGUCCAACUGCCCUGGCACAGGGAAGUCAGAUGAGAAGAUGGAUUUGACAAGGGAGAACAAACUCGCCCAGUUCAAUAACUGGUUCACCUGGUGUCACAACUGUCGACAUGGAGGCCAUGCUGGCCACAUCCUCAGCUGGUUCAGAGACCACACAGAGUGUCCUGUGUCGGCUUGUACAUGUAAAUGCAUGCAGCUUGACACCACUGGGAACCUGGUACCUUCAGACAGCAGCUAAACAUGAGUCAGAUUCUGAGACCAAACAUCAGCAAGAAGCCAACCAGCAGAGGCACAUCGCUGCACCCAGUACAUGGAGACCCCUGAAAGGACAAAGGGUGUCAUCAGUGUCCACCUCCGAAGAGGCUGCUUGAAUUAGCACAAAAUAGUGUUGAGAUAUAAUCUAGUGAAUGUAACAUUAUAACAUAUAAAGAAGGGAGGCCGUGUGUGAACGCGUGUGUGUGUUACUGAUGUGACUAACUGAAUCAAUGAAAGAAAAGGGAGCAAACACAGCUCUGCUAAUGGAAAUCUGAAAUCCCACUCAGGAGUAAUACAAGAAGAGACUCUGCUCUAAUUGCCUCUUCCAGUCUAACCUGAAUCAGGCUAUUGUGAUUGAUUUAAAUAAUCAAAUAUCCGUUCACACAUCACAUUGUAAAAAGAUGUGAUCACAGGUGCCAAUACAUAGGAGCUAUAUUUUGUGACUUGUGUUUUAAUAUUUAAUAUCUUUGUUUAUGUAACAAAGGGUCUUCACAUACCUCAUAUAAGCAUUGUUCACCAUUAAGGAUGUUACCUCGAGUGAGAAGAGUAUUGUACUAAAAAGGGUGGAAAUGUACUUGCUUUUAAACCAUGUGUUUGUGUUCACACAGUGAUGGCCUUGCAUACCUUGAGCUCACUGAGAGCAUCAGUUGUGUUCAUCCUCAGAAAUUGCAGCACACAAAAGGAGUUUGCAUUUUGGCUGUCACAGCAUUGAGUUUUUGGAUCCAAAAGAGGUAGAGCUGCAGUAGCACAAGGUUUCAGAGCCAUUUGUUAGGGGUUAUGGCUGAGCUCAUGUUAAAGCUUAUUGAAUUGGUAAAAUAGUAAACUUCAAGCAUUUGCAUUAAAGGUCAGUUGCACUUGAACAAAUGGUAAAGACAAAGGCUUCAUGGGCCUCCAGGCAGUAAUGAAAAAUAGUAAAAGAGGUGGUCUUUGGUGAAGGGCAUGUCAAUGCACAAAAAAUACAAAAACCAAGGCACUCUUGUAAUUUUAAAAUGCAGGGGGACAAAGGUAGGGGGACAAAUGUUGAUGAGGCCAGCAGGCUGAAACGCGUUGGGGCUCAGUGAGGUCCACUCAGACAUGCCUUAAUUAAUAAAGGCAUUUUAAAAUUAUAAAAGAGUGCCUUGGUUUUUGUAUUUUUUGUGCAAAGGUCAAUUGCAAGUCAAUUACCAAACUCAAAAAUCCUGAUUGGGUAGACAUGCGAGCUGUUUUGCACACCUGCCAAACAAAGCUAGCACAGCGGACUAAAAUCUCUUUAAUGGACCACCAAAACACCAAAAGGUCCAAAUAAAGCGGAUGAGAUUGUCGACUUCAAUUAUUGAUGAGAGAAGUUCAGUAUAAGUAUGGCAGGCAGAGUUUUUUGGAACCAACGCCUAGAGGCUGUGUUACUUUUAAAGAUAUGUGAGUAUUGGCUUCAUCUUGGUGUGCUAACCACUCACAGGCUAAACUUACAUCAGUAAACUUGAACUAUUGUUUAGUGUCCAAACUUACCAUGAGAUGUGCACACAGUUCAUUGCAUGACACGGGCCACUGGGGAUUCAUGCACACCUACCUUGAAGUGUAAUGAAAUGGACAUUGAACAAGUUUCCACACCUAGAGGUUGUUUGAAUUGGUCCAAAUCUGCCAGCUAUUGUAAAAGCUAGUAUUAUGUAUGCUCUCCCAUGCCUGUGUGAAAAGUAACUGUGUCUCUAGAAGAAGCUGCUUAGCUUAGAUUUCUUGAGGUCAAAUCAAGUUGUCACCAUCAAAAAACUGUUCCAAAGUUCAUUUGGAAUUGUACCAAGACCACUGUCUCUAAGCGGGCUUGGUAUGGUUGUUCCUAUCUAGGUCUGUGUGCCAUGUCUGUGUUUGUACCUGCUUAAGGGCCUCAAUUCUAAUAGACUAGAGGGACUAAAGUCCUACCCCCAGCACCUGAUGUAACUGGUUUGUAGUUCUAGAGCAGUACAUUUUUGAUGCCAUGGAAGGUAGUUUUUCUGUCCAUGAGCCAGUUCUUUGGCUGUUGAAACAGUAAGACCUGGUUUGAGAAUAGUCACUAGCCCUCUGUGAUAAAGGGGUAUAUGCGAACAUGCAGCUGGUUGUCUAUGCAAACGCAUAAUUAAAAAGCAAGUACAUCUCUAGGAUCACACUCCUUUGCUCUCUUCAUGUUCCUCUAUGCCACUCUUCAUGUGGCAUUGUGCAGGAAGGCUUCCAGUGAGGGGGCAAUUUGGGGUGAGGAACAGGAGAAGGUAGGGGUGGUGGGUGAAGGAGGAUGGGGGGAGGGAAGGGAGGGAGUGGAGGGGUGCGUCUGUAUUCAGCAGCUCACUCUAGGCCUGUGGUCCAUGAAAGAAGCUCCCCAGAAAACAGCAGCUGCUCGGCACUCUGACAAGACCCUCCAGAUUGUUCCCUUCAUAAAGGACCUCAGCUGCCGGAACACUAUUGACUCAAAGAGAAGGCUAGAGAGCAGACAGCCUGAGCCCCCCUCCUAGCCACCCACCCCUUCAACACCCUCUGACAUACACACACUCGCCCCUACUCUUUCUUUCUCCUCUCCUUCUCUGGUGCCCAAAUUGCACCCAAAAACCAUACACGCCAUACAUCAAUCUGAAGAUGGGCGCCGUCUGUGGGGGUGGUGAGUGUGUGUGUGGGGGGGUAACCACUGUGUGUUAGCCACAUUAUAAAUGGUUUUUUUCUCUUUUCUCUGCCACCCUCUCCCCUCUGCCACUAACCUAGGGAGGCAUUGUAAGUGAGAGGCCGCCUGCACCAGAGCUGGCUAAAUUACUUAGUCAUGGAGUAGGGAGGAGGUGAGGAGGGACUGCAGGGCACCAGGAGUGACUGUACUGUAUGCUAUUUUCACCACAAUCUCUUCCUGGUGUGGGAGGUUUCACCAGUCUGCAUGCCCUUUUGUGAACUAUUUCAGAGGCGAGCUGACAAAUUGGCGAGCAGCAUCGUGCCCCUCUAAACAAAAGUGGCUGAAAUUUCAUUCUUUCAGUGUGUCUUGUGUUUUUCCAUUUAAAAUAAAUCCCAUCAAAUUGAGCACA